AUAAGCAUACUUCUCCUAAUGAUGGCAACCACAACCUAAACUACUAAAGAAGAAUAAAGGGAUUCAUCUAAACCAUUAUUUUAUUUGCACACUACAAUUAUUCUUAUAGCAUUAGCCAGGUUAUAAUUGCUGCCAUUAUGACCAUUAUGAUGGUCAUGAAUGACAUACCUUUCAAACAUACUAUAAAACAGUUUAGUGUCAUGUAAUGUCACACAACAAAACAUUUUGGGAAGAAUAGAAACUUACUAUGAUGUUCAAGAGAGGAGGAGGUGGUGGUGGUGUGAGCAUUUCAAUGUUGCCAAGUUCUACCAUGUUGGUUGGGUUGUGCCGGCCUCGGCGGCGGUUCCGGCGACGGCGGGGCAACAGCAUUCGGCUAGGAAACAAGAGAAGAGGGUUCUGCCUUGGAUCACGUCCUGUGGUACAAUGGGGUGUCAUGGCUCCUCUUAGGAUGUUGAAGAAGAUCAUCAUGGAAAUAACACCAAAGGGGCAUUGGAUAGAGGCUUAUUGUUUCUCUUUACCUCUUCUACGCCCCCAACUUUUUCCUCUUUGUUAACCACAAACAAGUAAUGGAUUUCAUCUCCUAUCUUUUCUUUUCUUCAAAAUGUGAAAAGUGAAAGUGUAAAACUAAAAGAAUGUACUCAACUUGGAGGAAGAAUCUAAUAUACAUUCUCUUUUGUGAA